AUGGCCCUGGUGAACCUCUUACUCUGUUGUUACAAAGAGGUUCCAGCAGCCCUCUCCUUUUCUGGCACCAGUGUUUUUGGUGAGAGGGGAUGCCGCAUCCUCCUCUAUGCAUAUCACAUGCUGAGGUUGAUCAGCACCUGGUCAGUGGAGAAUCUAAGUUUCCUCCACUUGAUAAAGAUCCACAGACCUAGUCAUCACUGGUCCAAGUUCAUUCACAGGCACCAGGGGCAGUACAGGAACACCAUCCUUGCUGGCUGCUGGAUCUUCAGCAUCGUCUUCCAAUUGCCCUACCUUUGCACUUGCUUAAGUUCUGCAGGGAGUUUCAUCAUGAAGUUUAUCACCUACACAUCCAUCAGCCUGGAUCUCAUCUUCAUCAUCCUUGUGGUAGUCCUGAAUGGAUUCAUUAUUGACCUCCUCUGGAGGCAGAAGAGAAAGAUAAGGGCUGCCUCGACCACGGGGAGCACCUGGAACAAGCACACAGCUCAGGCAACCAAGACCUUGCUCUCGCUGCUCUCCAUUUAUGUUGUCUGCUGGCUCUCCAACGACAUCACCUCGAUUGCUCCUGUUUCAGGGCUCCUUAAGCACAACUUUGAGAGCAGCAUCCUCAGAGGUCUCUACAUAGUGCUGUCCUGCAUCUAUUACUCAUCCAGUUCCGAUGUCAUUGUGUUUGGCUACAAGAAAAAGUUCACUGGCAGAAGGACAACUGCAGCAAACAGAGAUGGCAAAUCUCUCAUCGAUUAUAUUUUUUUUGCAGCUGAUGAGGAACACCAGCAAAAUGUGGCGGCGGCGGCAGCAGUGGCCAGGCCUCGGCCCCACACUGAAGAGAGGGGAGAUGGGAUGCCAAGGCGCCGGAGGAACAUGGGAAACCGGAUGAUGGCCCAGAGGAGAGCGCAGCAGGCGGACGACUGGCUGGAAGAGGACGAUGAUGCUGAGGAGGUGCCAGAAUUUCAGGUGUCUGGGAAAAUCGGAGCAAAGAAGCAGAGGAAAUUAGAAGAGAAACAAGCCAGAAAAGCACAGAGAGAGGCUGAAGAAGCAGAGCGAGAAGAACGGAAAAAACUUGAGUCAAAAAGAGAGGAGGAAAGGCGGAAAGAAGAGGAGAGAAUACGUCUUGAAGAAGAACGACAGGAAGAGGAAAAAAGGAAGGCAAAGGAAGAAGAGGAGAAGAGAGAGUAUGAAGAAUACCUGAAGCUGAAGGAGAGUUUUGUAGUUGAAGAGGAAGGGGUUGAAGAAUCAAUGACAGAGGAAGAGUCUCGCAGCUUCCUAAUGGAAUUUCUCGAAUACGUUAAGAAAACAAAGGUAAUCCAGCUGGAGGACUUGGCUUCACAUUUGGGCCUAAGAACCCAGGAUGCAAUUAACAGAAUCCAGGACCUGAUGGCAGAUGGCACUCUAACAGGUGUGAUUGAUGACAGAGGAAAGUUCAUCUACAUCACUCCAGAGGAGAUGGCUGCCGUGGCUCAGUACAUCAAACAGAGAGGACGAGUCUCCAUCGCAGAGCUGGCCCAAGCAAGCAAUUCCCUGAUCAACCUCCAGCCUGACAGCCGAGCUGUUGCUCCAACUGUGGCGUGAGAAAAAUACAGCAGGAGUUUAACCUUUUAACGAAUAAGCCACGUAAUUAAAAACAAACAAGAACCCCUCUAGUCCAUUCACGGUGCUUGAAGAUAGGAUGCUCAUUUUAAGCGUCAGCUG